AUGAUUCAACCUCAGACCUUUUUGAAUGUAGCGGACAACAGCGGAGCUCGAAAAUUGAUGUGUAUUCGAAUCAUAGGAGCUAGUAAUUACCGAUAUGCUCAUAUCGGUGACGUUAUUGUUGCUGUAAUCAAAGAAGCAGUGCCAAAUAUGCCCCUGGAAAGAUCAGAAGUAAUCAGAGCUGUAAUUGUACGUACAUGUAAAGAACUCAAGCGCGACAACGGUAUGAUAAUCCGGUAUGAUGACAAUGCAGCAGUUGUCAUUGAUCAAGAAGGAAAUCCAAAAGGCACCCGAGUUUUUGGUUCGAUUGCUCGUGAAUUGAGACAGUUAAAUUUCACUAAGAUAGUCUCAUUAGCUCCCGAAGUAUUAUAA